AUGGAAAAGGUCAAUACUAUUUAUCUGAACUCCAGUUAUAAGUUAGUGGCAAUCCAGAAAACGUACGGGAAAUAUUGCUACGUAGGAGAAGGACCAGGAAUGGCGGCUGAUAUGUUCUAUCGACAGAAUAUUAUGGCGCUCCUGGGUCCAGCCUGUUCGUAUGCUUUGGAACCCGUUGGAUCCCUUGCAGCAUAUUGGAACAUUCCAAUCAUGACAGGACUUGGCGAUGGCGGGCAGUUCAAGAAUAAAACUAUUUACAAGACACUGACGCGACUUGCUUAUUGCCAAUGUCGACUGCGGAAAGUGUUCGGAAGUGUUUUCGAGUAUUUUCACUGGAAGGAUAUUUCGAUCAUUUAUGAUACUGGUAACGUCCACACGGAUGUGCUCGGCACUACCUUGAAAUUUGGGCUGGAACGAGGAAAUUACACCCCGUUCAUGGUCUCCUACAACGGUAACUUGCAGACCAGAUGGCACGAAUAUCUCAAAUCUGCAUCACACAGAUCCCGAGUUAUUCUGCUGAUCGUCCCGGGCGAUUCAAAGCGCGAACUACUGCUUGAGGCUUACAACAUGGGCUUCAUCAAUGGUGAAUACGUGUUCAUGGAUGUGGAUUUAUUCUACUUCCCUUCCUAUUUCGGCGACCACCACUGGAAGCGAAACGAUGAACGCGAUGGCAUCGCCAAACUGGCAUACGAGGCUCUUCUUCGGGUGUCCUUGCACGUGUCCGCCGGAUAUGAGUGGUUCCAGUUUGAGAAAGAGAUCAAGCGGCUCUCUAGCAACCAAUACAAUUUCACGUUCGGCAAUGAAACGGCUAAUUUUUUUAUGGGCGCAUUCCAUGAUUCGAUGCUUCUCUACGGAAUGGCUUUAAAUGAAACUCUCAUGAAUGGUGGAGACCCAGGGGACGGAUAUGCCAUAUCAAGACGAAUGUGGAACCGAACCUUUCAGGAACAUAUUCCGAGUUACGUCAUCGCUUUACUCAUCAUCUGUUUCAUUGGUCUUCUUGGAAUGAUCAUUGGUUUUUUCAUCAACAGACGCAUUCAAGAGAAAAAGAACAUGAAAGCCAUGGCUUGGAGAAUUGAUAUUAAUGAUGUAAAAUUCAACGCAGAUAAACGGCGUAGCAACGUAGAUUUUUCUACGAGUCUGGUCAGUUUUCAGUCCUCAAAAUCAAAAAUUUUAUCCCUGAUGUCCGACUGCCAGGUGUUCAUAGAGACAGCUAAAUACAAGGGAGUUAUCGUUGCCGUGAAAAAAUUUGCCAGGCCGAAUGUUAUGUUGACCAAGGAUUUGAUAAGAGAACUAAACGAGGUACGCUGUGCCUAUCAUCCGAAUUUAACACGUUUCAUCGGAGCGGCCAUUGAACCGGAAGGCGUAUUCAUAUUGAACGAAUAUUGCAACAAGGGUAGUUUACAGGACAUAUUCGCCAAUGACACUGUAACUAUUGAUGAAGAUUUAAGAAUUUCAUUCAUCAAAGAUUUAGUUCAGAGCUUUUAUGGCGAGCCCCAGAGCAUCUUCGCGUGUUCCCGAUAUUCCGUGAAAGAAAUAAUCUAUAAGGUUCGAGCCGGAGAAAAUCCACCAUUCCGACCGGAAAUAUAUCAUCAAGAUGAGUUCCUCUGUGCAUUGGCCAAAAAGUGUUGGUCAGAGAACCCGGAUGAGAGGCCGGAUUUUCAAUACAUUCUGAAAACGAUCAAAUCAAAAAACAAGGGCAAAGACAAGAAUAUAAUGGAGACAUUGUUGGACCGAAUGGAAAUGUAUGCAGCCAAAUUGGAAUCUCUGGUUGAAGAACGAACUGAGCAAUUGGAAAUCGAAAAGAAAAAGUUGGAAACACUCCUGGAUCAGAUAUUACCCAGGUAUAUUCUUAAAGACAAAAUCUAUGACUUGCUGUCCAUAUCUAUCUAUCUAUCUAUCUAUCUAUCUAUCUAUCUAUCUAUCUAUCUAUCCCAGUCUGUUCAUAUCUAUCUAUCUAUCUAUCUAUCUAUCUAUCUAUCUAUCUAUCUAUCUAUCACUUCAAACGCUAUUUUAGUGGAUAACCAUAUCAACAUAGUUCAAUAUCUAUCUAUCUAUCUAUCUAUCUAUCUAUAUAAUAUACUCUAUCUAAAAAUCUUCACCCCCCACACAUAUCUAUCUAUCUAUCUAUCUAUCUAUCUAUCUAUCUAUCUAUCUAUAAGACAUCGACGCACAAUGUUGCAUAGACAAGCACUCAUUCUGAAUAAAUUCACGAGCCACUUUUCAAUUAUUCACGAAAGCUUAUGCGAGGAGUUCUACAAUUACAUCUAUCUAUCUAUCUAUCUAUCUAUCUAUCUAUCUAUCUAUCUAUCUAUCUAUCUAUCUAUCCCAAUCUGUUCUUAUCUAUCUAUCUAUCUAUCUAUCUAUCUAUCUAUCUAUCUAUCUAUCUAUCUAUCUAUCUAUCCCAGUCUGUUCAUAUCUAUCUAUCUAUCUAUCUAUCUAUAG